AGAAGCUGCAGAAUUUUGAUAUAUCUGACUCAAUGAACUCAUUAGUUGCAUAUGACGAUUCGGACUCAGAGACAGAUACGGGCAAGUCUGAAGAUGCUCUUAGCAGUGAAGCGAUUCUUGAAAAUCCUGCCGUGUCAGCUGUUGGGUCCAAGGGUGGAUUCAACACAAUUUCUGAGAGCCAAAUCCAGUCUACAAAUUAUAUGGCUGAUUCUAAAAGGAACGUCUCCCACCGUGAUCCCUUUUUAUAUCAUAUAGAGGCUAAUAAAAAGUCUUUGGCAGUAGUGCAUCCUAAGAAAGUUUAUCCUGCUGCAUUACAGAUGGCUACUUGUAGUCUGGAGCAAUCAUGGAGUCCUUUGCAGAAAACUCAAGCACUUCCUGAAAAUGAGAGUUAUCCUCAGAAGAAGAGGGCCUGCGAGGACAGUGGUGCUACUUUACAGGGGCUGAGACCAUACAUUCCUAAAAGACUGAGAAAGGAAAAAAAUCCCGAAGCUGAAAAUGGGGGAGAAGGCACAAGUAACUCAGCCAAGCCUGAUGUUGCAGGAGAUGGAAUGUCCAUUAAAAUUUCCAGAUACAUCAUGCCGUACAUAGGAUCCAAAUAUGAGGCAACAGCAAUUCCCACAAACUUGGUGUUUCAUAUGUCUGAACACAGAGGUCCCAUCAACGUUGUCCAGUGGUGUCCUGUACAGAAAUGGAGCCACAUGUUGCUCUCUGCAUCUAUGGAUAAUACUGUCAAGGUUUGGGAUGCUGUGGACCGAGGCUGUUGCUUAAAGACAUAUUCUUGCCACUCCAGUGCCGUUCGAGACGCCCGCUGGUCCCCUUCUGGAAGUGGUAUUCUCAGCGGGGGCUUCGAUUCAAUGCUUCACUUAACAGAUGUUGAGACAGGAGCACAGGUAUUUAGUGGUAGGAGUGAGUUCCGAAUUGGCACCCUGAAGUUUCACCCUGCUGAUCCAAAUGUUGUUAUUUGUGGAGGAUUUAGUCCAGAAGUCAGAGCCUGGGACAUAAGGAUUUGCAAGGCAAUUAAAGCGUACAAAGCUGCAGUACAGCAAACCUUGGAUAUCAUGUUCCUCCCUGAAGGAAAAGAAUUCCUUACCAGCACGGACGCGGUGAGCCAAGAUUCAGCUGACCGUACCAUCAUUGCUUGGGACUUCCAAACAGGUGCAAAGAUCUCCAACCAGAUUUUCCAUGAGCGCUAUACCUGUCCCUGUCUAACACCUCACCCGAAAGACUCGAUCUUUGUGGCUCAGACAAACGGCAACUACAUGGCCUUGUUCUCAAGCCUUCGACCCUACCGAAUCAACAAAAAGAAGAGAUAUGAAGGCCAUAAGGUUGAAGGGUUUGCCGUCCGCUGUGAGUUCUCUCCAGAUGGGACACUUCUCGUGACCGGGAGUUCGGAGGGCAAAGUGUUUUUCUACAGCUAUCGUACGGCUCGAAUUGCACGCACGUUGUCUGCGCACAGGUCGGCUUGUGUGGACACCACUUUUCACCCCAUCCUCCCGUCCCUUCUUGCUACCUGUGGUUGGGAUGGAGAGAUCAAGAUAUGGCAGUAAUGAAAAGACGUUGAACAAUGCAAAUUCUCUAGCCAGCUUGUUGGCCUUCUUGCUUCCUACCUUUUUUAAUCUUUAAGGGUCUGUUUUGAAAUUCUGUGUUGUGAGACUGGUCGUGGCUUGCAUUUAGGUGAGGGCAAAAGCGUUUGGUUCCCUAGCUGCCUCAUACCAGGACCAAACGUGCCUGUCUCCUUUACUCUACUUCUGGGGUUCCCCAUGUCCACAGAGCUGUAUCUUCCUUCCAGCUGUCUCCUCCUACUUCCUGUUGUAGCCUAUUAAGGCCAAAGGCUGUCCAGUUGAUGAUUCACCUGCUACACAAGAUCUUGGACUCGAAGAGAAGAAAUCUCCCUUGAUAAGUCCUCUGGCAGCAUAGAAGCCUGAGUUUAAAUUGGACUAAAUCCACACUAUAGCUUUAAUCUUUUUUACCUCUUUUCUGCUAAGGGUCCUGCAAACAGUUUUCAUCAGGUCUGAGUCUUUGGCCUGGGUUUUAGCCUAAUGGCUGAUGGAACCAUAGAGGUUUUGUACAGUGCAUGAUAACACCAUCAGAACCUGACCUUCAAAUCACUGGGUUGGAUCCUACGGAUCUUUUAUGCCAAAAAUGGCAGCAUCCCCCAGGCAAAGAGCCUUUCCUUGACUCAAGAGUCAGGAGAGAGUGCCACUGUUAGCCGAACAGUCCUGUGAGAUCCAACCCACGGUGUUUCUCAUUAUUUAGGGGGAAAGAGAGCCAGUCUGGUGUAGUGGUUAAGA